GAUGAUAAUAAUAAUUCUGCUAACUCUUUUUAUGUGUUUAAGUGUUUUAUUAUCUUGAUUUCUUUCAGAUUAUCUUCAAAAUGUUUAUAAGAAACGAGACAGGAUUAUCUUUGUCCAUGCUCCAGAAUACACAGAAGCUAUCAAUUCACCUUUAACAUCUGGUGGAGUGGAUCCAGCUAUUGUUGUGGAGUUAAUAAAGAAAGAGAAAGAAAUGGUACGGAAAUUAAUGGAAAAAUACACAAACAAAUUAAAGAUGGCAAAGUUACAAGGAAGAUUAUUACAGGUAAACGGCAAACCAGGUGAAGCCAUCAUAAAGGUUGUGAAAACUGAAGGUGCAACUAUAUUGAUUCUUGGUUCCAGAAUCGGUAAAGUGCAGCGAGCAAUUAUGGGGAGUGUCAGUGAUUACUGUGUCCACCAUUCACCUGUUCCAGUUCUAGUUUGCAGAAACAAAGACAAAAAGUGAAUAAAUUCAAAGACAAUUUAA